CUUGAAUUCACGCCAAACUCUGUCCACCGAAAGACUAAAUACGAUAACGAGAGAGCCGUUAAUAUUUGCUGUGAUUUCUCGACGGGAGGCCUACUGUUAGGCGUUGUCCACACGUUUGGUAUACCGAUGGAGGUCUCGAGACCUAAGUCUAAGAAGAUUCCGUCCAAUAAGAAGACGAUUCAGUCGGCCAUUCGUAUCAUUAAUAUAAGCGACGACUCAAUCAAAGAGGAGUGGAAAUACACUCAACACAAGACACACGCGGAGUGCGAGUAUUCCUUCGCCUUCUCACACAACACAUUCAGGUUUGCUUCGGGAUGUGAUAAAGACUCGAAUGUCUUUGUUUGGAGUUUCGAUAAGGGAAACAAAAAAUGGGAUUCAAUUAUCAUUGACAUCAACGCUAAAGACAAUAAGAAGAUCUUAAGAGGCAAAUCCAAGAAAUCAUUGGAUUCGUCGGUAUUUGUGGACGAAUUCACGUUCAGUUGUGACGACAAAUACUUGAUAAUGAUUUUGUCGGACAACUCGAUGAAAGUGUGGAACUCAGAGUCGGGAGAACUGGUCGCACAUUUCAAAGACAAACACACCGACAAGAUAUCAGUCAUUGAAUGUCACCCGCAAUGCGAUCACAUCUGUCUGUCGGCCGGUUAUGACUCCAAUAUCUUUGUCUACGAUAUUCUCACUAAAGAUGUCAUUAAACAUUUUGAUUGCAGUAUUGCUGUCAACAACUUGAAAGGCAAUAGUCUUUUGGAAUCUUAUGAUAACAUCCGUCCGCUCCUUCUUCAGUGCACUUUUAGUCCGGACGGACAGACCAUCGCAGCCACUGAUAACUUGGGAAAUAUGACAGUCUUUACCGUCGAGUCAACUAAAAAGUGCUCAGUAGUGGAUCAAUUGGAGGCAGAGUUACUUCGCAUUCAUUCCGAGGCUGAAAGCGAGGACUCGUCCGAUGGUCAGGCGCUCGUUGAAUCGAUUCCCGGCACCACUAGUAAGGACUUAGAGUUGUUUCAAUCGGUUUUCGAGUUCGAGUUGGAUCUGCUUCGAGGUGUCGAAAAGCCGUCGCCUGCAAAGUUUAAAAGUGAAGAGAAGAUGAUUGAAGAGAAAGAGGCGAAAGUCAUUAGAAUAUUAUCAAUGAAUGAUAAG